CUGCCUACUAGGCUGGGGCACAAUCCAUCGACCCCAUGCCCUCCACUCCCUUCUUAAUUCACGCCAGCGACGCCAAGCAUGUAUUAGUUUUAAUUUGUCUCUCUCGCGCUUUCCUACCUGACCAAGGGUCACACUCUAUUUAAUGCCCCACCUCCCAUCUAGUGCUCGAUCGACCGAGCUCCCUUUUGAGACACUGCGAGCUCACCCUCUCUCGUUCUCUCUCUCAAGGCCAGGCUAGAUUGUACGUAAGUAGUCAUUAUUAGCAUGGAGAGCCAAAACAAGGCCAGUCUUCCUGCAAUGGAUGGGUUUGAGAGGAGAGUGGCGAGCCGAAGUGAAGGAGCAAGGACAUGUGACUUGCUUCUACGAGUUUUAGCCUUGGUGCUGACAAUGGCUGCUGCUAUAGUUCUUGGGGUAGCCAAGCAGACCAAGGUUGUUCCGAUUACGGUUGUGGAUACCCUGCCAGCGAUUAACCUUCCUGUCUCUGCAAAGUGGCAUUACUUGUCUGCCUUUACGUAUUCUGUUGCAUCAAAUGCGAUAGCAUGUUCAUAUGCAGCACUCUCUCUAGUCCUCGCCGUGAGUGGAAAGAAGGGGAUAAUGUCCAUUGUUAUCGUUCUUGAUCUGCUGAUGGUGGCAAUGCUGUUUUCUAGCAACGGAGCUGCCUUGGCCAUUGGUCUUAUGGGUUUCCAAGGGAAUUCGCAUGUGAGGUGGACCAAAGUGUGCAAUGUUUUUGGGAGAUUUUGCAAGCAGGUUGCAGUUUCUAUUUCCCUUUCUCUGCUUGGUUCCAUCUUGUUCCUCUUGCUCGUCGGCAUCACUUCUUUGCGGCUUCACAAGAAAUCCAAGUGAAAAUCAUUGGACCUUGUUUGUAAUCUAAUAUUAUAAAACCUCUUUUCUAUUCAUGCCCUUCCUCUAUGCAUUGUAGCCCUAUAUAUAUAAUGCCUCAACUCUCAGUGCUUAAUUUACUGGAGAAUUUCCCUCCUAGGUGUAAAAGCUCUGGA